AUGGGCUUCACAAAAACAAUCCUCGUCCCCGGCAACGGCAGAGACUCGCCGAAGAAAGGGGACACGGUUAUCAUUGAGUAUCGCGGAUGCCUGUAUGAUGAGUCGAGGCAAGAUAAUUAUUGCAUGGGGACGCAAUUCGACACAUCGACGGGUCGUGGCCCGCUGAAGACGGAGAUUGGUGUUGGGAAGGUUAUUAAGGGAUGGGACGAAGGCGUACAGCAAAUGUUUCUAGGUGAAAAGGCGAUCCUGACGAUUUCGAGUGACUACGGCUACGGCCCCCGGGGAUUCCCUGGGCUGAUCCCUCCGGACUCGGGGCUGGUUUUCGAGGUCGAGCUGAAGAAGAUUAUUGCCAAAAGCCAAUGA